UCUCGACGGUUUCCAAAAAAAGGGAAAACUCUCCUUUGUCCUUUCUUCCCUGCCAAUUUGCUCCCUGUUCGAAGAGUUGAUGAUGAUAAUCGAUCUAAAUUGCGAUCAAAUUUCUGUGUAAUCGAUCAAAUUAUUUUCAGAGGCUGAAUAUAAGUGUAGAGGAUUGGAAAGAUGCGUGACAAAAAGAUUAACAAAUUUGGCCAAGAGAAUGAUUCAAGGGGACUUGAAUUAAGUACCUAUGUUGUAAAAGCUCCAAGGAAAACACAAGUGAAAACUCUUGAAGUGUCUAAGCCGCGUGUUUGUAAAAGCACGACAAUCGAGAAAGCCGCACCAAACAUCUACACACAAAGUCAAAGUACUCUUUGUACUCGAAUGUCUCUUGCUAGUCUUUCCUACAUGAUCAAAGACCUGGAUCCUAAUCAACGAAAAGCUGUCGAGAACAUUGGGUUUGGUUCUUUACUUACUCUAGGUUUUGGAGAGUUGUACUCUAAGCUAAACCUUUGGCUUGUUCAGAAUUUUGAACCAGAUGGCCGCACUUUGUAUCUACAAGAUGGGAUACUAAAUAUUGAUGUGGAGGAUGUGCAUUUGACUCUUGGUCUUCCAAUGGGUGCAAAAGUUGUGAAGGAAGCAAGAAGUGAUAAUGAUACUGAGGAGUUUAGUGUGUUACUGAAUAAGUGGAGGGAUAUAUGAAACAAGCAAAAUGUGUCAUAAGAUUCUGAAGCUUGGAUCUGGUGAUGAUUUUAAGAGGAGUUUUGUGGUAUUUGUUGUUUCAAGUUGUUUGAGUGGUCAUAAAAGUUCAAAGUGCAAUUAUAAGAUAUUGUUUUCUUUGAUGAGAACAAAUGAGAUAAGUCAGUUGAAUUGGUGUCAGUAUACCUUGAAAAAGUUAGUAGAGGCCGUGGUGUGUUGGAGAGAAAAUCCAACUGCUAAUUUCAAGGGUUCUGUGAUAUUUCUCAUGCUAUUCUACUUUGAUAGAGUAGAAUUUAUGUCAGGCCAAGUUGAUAGGAAGAUUCCGGUUAUUUCAUAUUUGAAUGCAUCUGCGAUAGGACAAAGAAUCACAGAGGAGUUAAAGGCAGGAAGUUUUGGUUUAGGAAGAAUUGUGCCUUCUUUGAAUGAUCUUAAAUCGAGUGACACUAAGAAAAAGAAUCUCAAAAGAAAAGUUGCUCAUUUAUUAAAUCUGCCAUCUGCUGAAGAGCUUGAUACUUCCCAUCCAUCUAAAAAGGAAUUCGCUAAGAAGAUUGUCUCCAUGACCAACCAGAUAGCACACAAUUUUGUUGAGCUAGGAGAAGUGAUUGUAAAAGCUGACAAGGAUUUUCCAGGCACUGAAAACAUAAAGAAGAUACAAGGAGAUGCUACUGAGGCGUUCACUAAAAUUUCUAAGAUACAAGCAGAUGUAAGUGACUUUGAUGCUUUUCUUAGACAACCUGGAGUUCUCGAUGAAAUUGAUCAUGUUGAAAAGUCUUAUAGCAAGAGUUUGGAGCAUAAGAAUUGUGAGGAAACAUGUCCAUUAGAGCUGCCCGAAUUUGAUGUUCCGUCAUUUAACCUAGGACUUAAUUUUGCACCACCAGAUGCGGAUGUGCAAACAAACAAUGAAGUGGUCCAGACUAAAGGAGGCAAUACAUCUGCUAACAAGAGUCCGGAGCAGAAGAAUUGUGAGGAAACGUGUCCAUUAGAGCUGCCAGAAUUUCCGUCAUUUAGCCUAGGACUUAAUUUUACACCACCUGAUGCGGAUGUGCAAAGAAACAAUAAAGUGGUCCAGAAUAAAGGAGGCCACAAUUUUGUUGAUCCCACUGAUAACACAACUACAGAAUUUGAAGUGAGGAGAGAUUCCCCUCGAAGAGAGAAUAAAAACCUUUCUUUAUAUCAAAGGUCUCCUUAUUCUGACCGAUACGUGGAUGUGCUUAAAAGGAUGAGUAAGAUUGAGAAACAGUUGUGCAAUUAUGUUUUAAUGGCCAGAGAUUCCAAUGGAAUCUUUUACAGUAAUGGAAAUUUUAAGAUUGAACGCCAUAAUCUUUCAUCGCUUUUGGAAGAUGGGGUGAGCAUGAGUGUUAUUGAUAUUUGGGCUCUGAUAUUAAAUCAGAAGGACUUAGGGCGUGGGCUAGGGUCACCUAAGAGAUUCUUUUGUUCAGCCACGGCUAGUGUUGACGUGACUCAAAGUCAUAUACAAAGAGAGCAGAUGAUUAAGGGUACCCUUGACUUUAAGAUUAGAUUGGUCGGUAUGGUGAAAUGCUCCAAAGUAUCCAUUUCAGAUAUUGAUCUUGCAUUUUUCCCUAUUAUCCAUGAUGGAUGUUAUGUCAUUCUCUGCUUUAAUUUCAAGUAUUCCAAGGUUGAUGUGAUUGACCAGAGGAUUUUGAUCGGAAAAGUGAAUGAAAUUUAUGGUGGCUACGUGACAAUUAUGGGUUCGUUCUUUUCAAAGUUUUUGAAGGAUAUGAAGGAUCCAAGAGCUAAUUUGGUAAAGAAUUUUGAGCCAAGGGUAAUCAGAAUGGUAUGGAAAUCCAAUGAGCUUUAUGUUGUCGAUAGUGGUGUCCUUGCUAUGAGACACAUGGAAACAUAUAUGGGGCAAGCAACUUCUUGGGAUCCUCUCCUAAAAAAAAUUGAUGGCCAUGUUCUUAGAAAUUUGAGAGCAAAAUAUUGUUGUGAGAUUUUGAAGAAUGAGUACAACGUGGUCAAAGAAGAUGUGUUGAAGAAAGCAAAAUUGUGAAUUGAGCUUUGUUAUUGCAGGGAAGAUGGACUUCUGAGGUUGAUCAUAGUUGUGUGUUCAUUGUAAUAUUGAGAGUUUGUUAAUGAUGUAAACUAAUCGUUAUACUGGAUUGUAGCGUUAUAGGCUCUAAAACUUACCAUAGCUUGAUGUAUUAACAAUAAUAUGUUGUGAUGUAUCCUCUACACGAUAGUGAUGUAUAUAUACAGGAUUGUGAUGUACC